AUGUCUCAUGCUACCCAUCGACUAUCGCAGUCAAUAAGUGGGGGUUGGAGAGAAGGCAUUUCCUUGAGUUUCGUCAGCCCAGUUGACGAUGAAGUAGGGGUAUGGGUGGCUUCCUGGAGAGCCGUCUCUGCGAGAGAUCUAAUCGAUUCUCGCGUCGUGUCGGUCGACGCAGAGACUAGUGUUGAGGAGGCAUGUGAGGUUCUCAUGACGGAGAACAUUCCUUGUUUGGUUAUCAAGUCGAAUUCUUCCGAUGCGUCAGGUUCGAAUAUUUACCAAGGCUUGUUCGACGUGCGUGCUUGUUCCGAUCUCAUUGACUCGACCGCUCUAACUGAGCGACAGUAUUCCGAUGUCAAUGCAUUCUUAACUCUUGCCGCGACGAGACAUACCUAUCUUCCUGACGAUCUUCGCGGGAAUGCACGUGUUGAUAACAUCGUAGCAGCGGCCAAGGCUGGUCGAGUUCCCGUCCAUCUCGUCAGCAAUUUAUCCGAGAAAAAUCAGCUCGAGACCCUCCCCAAUGACGCCAACAUCAUAUCUCUACUGGAAACAUUCGCCAAGGGAUCUCAUCGAGUCCUCAUCCAUUCGGCCACCGAGCCUGGGGAAUUUAUUGGCAUCAUUUCAGACCGCCGAGUAUUAUCGUGGUUCGCUUCAUAUGCCAAAGAGUCCCCAUCUUUCCAGAAAUAUCUAUCUAAUCCCAUCCAACUUCUCUCUUUACCUUCGCUGAACUUGUAUUCCGCUGUUGUUGCUGCAACGUCGACCGCUUCUAUUCUAGAUGCCAUGCGAUUGAUGAGCGAGGAAGGUGUGAGCAGUAUUGCCGUGAUAGAGGAGAACAGAGGGAUUCUACUGAGUGCUGUCAGCGUGACAGACAUUGGGAAGAAUAACCAGAUUCUGACAACUGCCCUUCAUCAUUUUGUGUCGCAGAUCAAGGAGUUGGAUGGUUCAACUGAUGGCGCUGAUCGUUACCCUGAUAUCGCUGGAUGGUUCACAGUAUAUUCCGUAUCGCCGUCUAGCACGCUCUCGUAUACGGUUGAGAAACUCCUUGCAACUAAUGCCCACCGCCUUUUCGUGACCAAGGAGUCGAGAGCUGCAUCUCCCGUCCUUUCUUCCAACGCUUCGAGCAACCUUUCUGGAAUUGUGUCCAUCGUCGACAGUACAGUCAUCCUUUGUCCUACAGUGUUCUGUCAUCUAAUUUCAGUUGUUUUGCCAGUCCUCUCCUUGUUUGCCCGCCUCGCCAAUGUCCCUGGUGUUGAUCCAACUCAUAUGCAACGCCACCGACGAGCAUCUUCAGCAUCAUCGCAAUCUUCGAAAUCCGAGCGAGACCUAUUUCUGAUGGGUUUAUCACGGUCGAGCAGCAGGUCCAGUGUCCGACGCAGUCCGACCAUCGUCGCUUCGAGCCCACCAACAAUGCCAAUACCAGAUAGUGGGAGGAACGCUUUCCCUAGUCUGGAUGUCAAGCGCGGAGAGAGUUUAAGGAAGAAGGACAGCGUAUAA